AUGGCGGUCACCAUUGACCGGCCGGCGGAAGGAGGCUCCCUAGCUUCCGUGAUGAGGAAGAUAUCGAGUUCGAUCAACCUCCAGUCUCUUGGCGUCAAGGUCCUGACGACGAGGAAGACUAGAGUGGGAGGAAUUCUCCUUGAGAUUGAGGGACACGAUAAAGCUACACUGCUAGCUGGGAAGAUCCGGGAGGUGGUAGGAGAUGCGGCCAGGGUCAGGAUACCCGAGCCUCGUACGCAAAUUUUACUGCUGGGAAUUCCUGAAUGGGCAGAGGCAGAGAGCGUCGUUGCCGGCGUCUCUCAGGCGGGAGUUACCGGAGUCACCUCAGAGCACGUGACCAUCCGCAAGAACUCUGGUGGAAGAGGGGAGUUCGUCGCGAGCUUACACUUGCCGAUCAAGGACGCCAUCACACUUGCGGAAAAGAAAGCGGUCACCGUGGAGUGGACCAGGUGCAGGGUGAAACUGUUGGCCAGCAACCAGCCCACCUGCUUCCUCUGCCAAGGCAAAGGUCACCUUAGUGCCGAGUGCCGGAACGAGGCCAAGUCCCGCCGCUGCUUUAGGUGCAAAGCCGACGACCACCUGGCGAAGGACUGUGCCCUGCAGAAGCAGGCGCAGCAGCAGCAGUCGCAGCCCUCAACCUCAAGCUGUGAGGAGCUCGCAGAAGAAAGUGGAGCUGUGUGA